AUGGCUGAAUUCGUAAGAGCUCAGAUCUUCGGUACAACCUUUGAGAUUACUUCAAGGUACUCUGAUUUACAGCCAGUGGGCAUGGGCGCAUUUGGUCUCGUUUGCUCUGCCAAAGAUAAUCUCACCGGCUCAAAUGUUGCGGUCAAAAAGAUCAUGAAACCUUUCAGCACACCGGUCCUAUCCAAGAGAACCUACAGAGAGUUGAAGCUAUUGAAACAUCUCAAGCACGAAAACGUCAUCUCACUCAGUGAUAUCUUCAUUUCACCUCUUGAGGAUAUCUACUUCGUCACCGAGCUCCUCGGCACAGAUUUACAUCGUUUGUUGACCUCGCGACCACUCGAGAAGCAAUUCAUUCAAUAUUUCUUAUAUCAAAUCUUGCGUGGAUUGAAAUAUGUCCACUCUGCAGGAGUCGUUCAUCGCGAUCUCAAGCCCAGUAACAUUCUCGUCAACGAGAACUGCGACCUCAAGAUCUGCGAUUUCGGUCUCGCCCGUAUUCAAGAUCCUCAAAUGACCGGAUAUGUCUCUACAAGAUACUACAGAGCACCGGAGAUUAUGCUUACGUGGCAAAAGUAUGAUGUAGAAGUGGAUGUCUGGAGUGCGGGAUGCAUCUUCGCAGAGAUGUUGGAGGGAAAGCCACUGUUCCCUGGAAAGGAUCAUGUCAACCAGUUUUCGAUCAUCACCGAACUUCUCGGAACUCCACCAGAUGAUGUUAUCCACACCAUUGCCAGUGAAAAUACCUUGCGAUUUGUGCAAUCUUUGCCAAAGCGUGAGAGACAACCGCUUGCUAAAAAGUUCCGUAACGCGGAUCCCCUGGCUAUUGAUCUCCUUGAGAAGAUGCUGGUAUUCGACCCCAGAAAGCGAAUCAAGGCGGGUGAAGCAUUGGCACAUGAAUACCUUUCCCCUUACCACGACCCCACGGAUGAGCCAAUAUCAGAAGAGAAGUUUGACUGGUCAUUCAAUGACGCGGAUCUUCCAGUGGACACAUGGAAAAUCAUGAUGUACGAACAACUUUUCGAUUACCAACAAGAACAAAGUUAG